UGCAGAGAUUAUGCACGAUGUGAUCCGGAAGGUGAAGAAGAAGGGGGAAUGGAAGGUGCUGGUGGUGGACCAGCUGAGCAUGCGCAUGCUCUCGUCCUGCUGCAAGAUGACCGACAUCAUGACAGAGGGCAUAACCAUUGUGGAAGACAUCAACAAGCGCCGGGAGCCCCUGCCCAGCCUGGAGGCCGUGUAUCUCAUCACCCCCUCCGAGAAGUCCAUCCACUCCCUCAUCAACGACUUCAAGGAUCCCCCCACCUCCAAGUACAGAGCUGCCCACGUCUUCUUCACUGACUCCUGUCCUGACGCCCUGUUCAACGAGCUGGUGAAAUCCCGGGCUGCCAAGGUCAUCAAGACCCUGACAGAGAUCAACAUUGCCUUCCUCCCUUCCGAGUCCCAGGUUUAUUCCCUGGAUUCAGCUGACUCCUUCCAGAGCUUUUACAGCCCGCACAAGGCGCAGAUGAAGAACCCGAUCCUGGAGCGGCUGGCAGAGCAGAUUGCCACGCUCUGUGCCACGCUGAAGGAGUACCCAGCCGUGCGGUACCGCGGGGAUUACAAGGACAAUGCCAUGCUGGCACAGCUCAUCCAGGACAAGCUGGACGCCUACAAGGCCGAUGACCCCACCAUGGGCGAGGGACCGGACAAGGCUCGCUCCCAGCUCCUCAUCCUGGACCGUGGCUUCGACCCUGCCUCCCCAGUGCUGCACGAGCUGACCUUCCAGGCCAUGAGCUACGACCUGCUGCCCAUCGAGAACGAUGUCUACAAGUACGAGACCAGUGGCAUUGGAGAGGCCCGGAUCAAGGAGGUCCUGCUGGAUGAGGAUGACGAUUUGUGGGUCACCCUGCGCCACAAGCACAUCGCCGAGGUGUCCCAGGAGGUGACCCGGUCCCUGAAGGAGUUUUCUUCCAGCAAGAGGAUGAACACGGGUGACAAGACCACCAUGAGGGACCUGUCCCAGAUGCUGAAGAAGAUGCCACAGUACCAGAAGGAGCUCAGCAAGUACUCCACCCACCUGCACCUGGCUGAGGACUGCAUGAAGCACUACCAGGGCACUGUGGACAAGCUCUGCAGAGUUGAACAGGACCUGGCCAUGGGCACUGAUGCUGAGGGAGAGAAGAUCAAGGACCCCAUGAGGGCCAUUGUCCCCAUCCUGCUGGAUGGCAACGUCAGCACCUAUGACAAGAUCCGCAUCAUCCUGCUCUACAUCUUCCUGAAGAACGGGAUCACCGAGGAGAACCUGAACAAGCUGAUCCAGCACGCUCAGAUCCCGGCCGAGGACAGCGAGAUCAUCACCAACAUGGCUCACCUCGGGGUGCCCAUCAUCACGGACUCCACGCUGCGCCGCCGGAGCAAGCCCGAGCGCAAGGAGCGCAUCAGCGAGCAGACCUACCAGCUGUCCCGGUGGACCCCGGUGAUCAAGGACAUCAUGGAGGACGCCAUCGAUGACAAGCUGGACACCAAGCACUACCCGUACAUCUCCACCCGCUCCUCCGCCUCCUUCAGCACCACUGCUGUCAGUGCUCGCUACGGCCACUGGCACAAGAACAAGGCCCCGGGCGAGUACCGGAGCGGCCCCCGCCUCAUCAUCUUCAUCCUGGGCGGGGUGAGCAUGAACGAGAUGCGCUGCGCCUACGAGGUGACACAAGCCAGCGGCAAGUGGGAGGUGCUAAUAGGGUCCACGCACAUCCUCACCCCACAGAAGCUGCUGGACACGCUGAAGAAGCUCAAUAAAACAGAGGAGGAGAGCAGCAGUUAAAAGGAAACGCCGUCACCACUCGAUGCCGACCCCCGUCCCCGCCGGGCGCCCGGCCCCGGGUGCCACCCUGCACCCAGUGGGCUCAGCUUCUCUCUUGUUCUUGUGUUAUCCCCCCCCCUCUCCCCUCCCAGCGCCUCCCCCAUCUCAUUUUAUCCACAGGGAGGGGAUAAC